GACCAACAAAAGUCAGAAAAUUCAGAACCACGUGCAUGUCGUAGUUGAAUUCCGAUCGAUCUUUUCCGCCUUGCUUGAAUAUUAUAAAGUUAGAAUGGCAGAAUCAACGAAGACUUCAGCUCCAGGGAAUAGCAUAGCCUUGGAAGAGCUGCUAAAAAGAAUGUUUGAACAAUGUCAACAACAUGCUCAGGCGGGUGACAGAGAUAGCGAUGACGAGAUAUCCGACGACGAAGAAUCAUCCGAGUCUAACGAUGAUGAUCUUGUGGAGAUAGCGUAUUCUGCAGCCUUGGGUACAUUAAAGCCGUAUGACUAUGAGCCGCUGGUCCCGGAAGCUCAGGCCAAGGCCGACGCUGAAAAACGUGCCAAGGAGGAAGCAGCUGAGGCAGCGAUGGCUUACCGGAUUGGAAACAACGACUGGUGUACCUGUGGGGGUUGUCAAGCAAUGACAACGGUAAAGGAGUCUGUGUGCUGCAAGGAAGUUGAAAUGAUCAUCAGAAAGAUGAAUGCAUUUGAGGCUGAGCAAUAUAGCCUGAACUGCAUUACAGAACAUCCAGGAUUUCAACCUGUGUGUUUGGACAAAUAUGUUCUUGAGACGGCGCUCUACCAGUUCCUUCAGGAAUUCAAGAAUGCAUAUAUUCACAAUGACACCGAGAGAUACCGUAACCUUGCUUACCGGCAGCUAACUAGGUGGUGCUGGCAAUUCCUCAGUCGGAAUCUGAGUAAGAUGGUCACUAUCCCAUCCUGUGCCCUUGUGAAGAUUCACCAGGCUUUUCCAUAGGUCAAAUAAACCAUGCUUAAAACCUCUUACAUUUUUGUUCUGUAAAAAGUUAAGUGCAAGAUAUUGAGAUGAAAAAAUGAUGUUCUUUAGGUAUUGACAGAAUGUAGUGUUCUGUUAAUGUAGGAUGUAAGCAUAUAAGUUUAUGUUGUUGUUGUUGUCAUAACCUACAGAGGGAAAAGGAAUUUUGAAAACCAUAUUUGGAUUUCAGUAUUUAGAUAUGUUUCUUAGGCCUUCUUAAUUAUGGAGGACUCCAAUCUUAAUCAUAAAAUUGUGUGUGAAAGAAUAGAAAAAUGAGAAAAGAAUGAUAACAUUUUGAAAGAAAUAGGACAAGGAAUGAGUUAUGGCUGCAAAUUGUACAUACUGUAUUUUUGAAUUGGCAAUCUUGUGUUGUGACAACUGGUAGGAACAACUUCCCAUGGGAGCAAAACUCAUUUUGUAUUUUAUGACUCAUAAGAAAUAAGGGUCAUGUUCAGUGACCAGUUUAGUUGUGAUGAAUUGUUUGAACUGAACAGAUUUCUAUAUGACAGAGUAAAUUCUAAUUAUGAUAAUGUAUUCAUAUGCUGCGAUGUUAUAGUACUAGGAAUGUUAGCAGGUAGGCCUACAUGUAUGUAUUUUGUUGGAUUUGUUAUCUUGUAUUCAAGAGAACCAACUUGAAAAUGCUAUAUACUUACAUAAUAGUAAAAGUUUAAUAUUAGUGAUGAUAUGUUAGGUAGAAACUUAUUGUUAUUUUUGUUAUAAGUUGAUUGAGUCUUCCAAUGGUAGUUGCUUGAUUUCAGGCAAAAACCCCUGUAUGUUUGGGGUCUUUUAAAGCACUUGACAGUGGUCUUAAAUAAUUAUUAAGUCUAGUAGAGAGGUACAGUAUUUUGCAUUUCAACUUGUGGUACAUGUAGACUUUUGGUUGACUUUUUUGUGGUUGACACAUUUGUUGAUUGAAGCAUCAAGUGUCAAUUACGGUUUUUGUUUGCAGAAUAGCCACUGCCACUAAUGAUGUUUAAACAGUACUUUAUCACAUGACGAUCGCCAAAUGAUAAUUUCACUUGCCAAAUCACAUGAACAAUCUGUAAUAGGUAGUAGGUACAUGUAUUGUUGGCAAUGGGCCUUUAAAAGCAUAGACUAAGAUUAGCCAGGUUACACUAGCAGAAUACUGUACCAGCCUCUAUGUGCAAUUUGCAUGUACUGUUAUAAACUUAAUCAUAUAAAUGGCUGUUGUAUGUAUAUUGAGCUUCUACUUAGCACCUUUAACAUUCAUAAAGUAUAUAUUUUUUGUUGAUCCGGUUUUUAUAUGAAAUUUGAAGAAAAAAAUACAGUGACGUUGUAAAUAAAGAAAACAGAUUAAACAUGCUAUUGAGUUGCAGUCACUAAA